AAAAUUCAAUAACUAAAAAAUGAUCAUUUUGAAGCUAAUAUUUUCAAGUUUAACAACAUUAAUAAUCAACAUCAACAUUAUCAACAUCAACAUCAAUAAUAAUAAUUGUUUUGUAAAUGGUUUUUAUUAUGCAAAAAAUACCAGCGAUAUAAUGACAAUUGGAGAAUUAAAAAAUGGUUCAUUAUUAUUAAUAUUAAAUGAUAAACAAUCAUAUAUGAUUGAUUUUUAUAGAAAAAAUUUAUGGAAAGAUAUUUGGUAUUCAUUGGAAACACCAAUGAUUCGUUUAGAAAAACGUUGGCCAUGGUUAAAACAAUUAUCAUUAUAUAAAAAAUUAUUAGAAUAUGAUAAAAUACGUUCAACAUCUUUCGUACUUACAAAAGAAGGUGAUGAUGGUUGGGCUAUUUUCGGUCAUCGUAUGGCCGUAUUAAUCAAUCUGGAUAAACGUUAUUCAUCAUCAAUCAAUACAACAUAUAUAAAAAAUUAUGAUGGCCGUUAUGCAAUAUCAACAACCAAUAAAGAAUUAGCAUUUUUAGAAAAUGAUACAAAAUCAAUAUCAGUUGUAACAUAUAAUUGGUCAUUUCAUGAAGUUAUACGUGAUUAUUUUCUUUGUUCGGAUCAUAAAGUUGCAUAUGUUUUUAAACAAUGUCCACAAUAUUCUGAUUAUGUAGAAUUUCCAUUCAUAACAAAUGGUUUUAUUAAUGAAGAUCGUUUUGUUUUAUUAUUUACAAAUUCAAAUCUAUUAUAUCGUUUUCCAAUCGAUACUGGUUAUAUGGCAACAAUUAAUACAUCAAAUUUUUUUAAUACUAAACCACCAAUUCCACCAUUAAUCAAUCAUCGUUUGUUAAUAUUUUUAAUAAUAUUUUUGAUUGUAGUUGGAUUAGCCGAAUCAUUUGCAUUGAUUAAAUGUGGUAUGGAUCAUAAAAAAAUUGUUAGCUAUACAAAAAAUUUAUCCGCAUCAUUAGAAUCGGCUAAUAUUAUUCGUAAUAAUGAUAGUUCAUUAAUGAUUGAAACAAAAGAGAAAACAUCACCACCACCAGAAAGUAAAAAACGUAAAGGUAAAAAAGGAAAAUUACCACCACCAGGUGAUCCAGCACCAUUAGCCGAUUCAUUUUUAACAAAUAAUAAUGAUGAUUCAAGCAAAUCAUCAACAAAUAAUUCAUCAACAGUAGUACCAUCAACUAAUUCAUUAUCGAAUGCAAAAUUAGGAAUAAGUUCAACAUCGGAUAAAAGUCAAACAAAUAAACAGAAUAGUUCGACAUUUUAUUCAUCAGCAAUUGGAAAUAAUCAACAACAACAACAACAACGACAACAAUCAACAGAAUCAUCUGAAGAAUCAACAUCGAAGAAAAAAGAUAAAAGUCCAUUAUCGAAAAAGAAAAAAGCUACUGGUGGUGGCCGUAAAAGUCCAAUAUCAACAAAGAAAAAAGGCACUGAUGGCGGCGGUAAUCGUUCAAGUCCAGUAUCGAAAAAGAAAAACAAAGGACAACAGCAACGUAAUAGUCCAAUUUCAUCAAAGAAAAAAGGUGGCCAUCAUGAUAAUAAUAAUAAUAGUAGUCCUAUUGAAACAACAACGAAAAAAAAGAAACAACCUAAAAGUACUCCUGAUCGUAAAACAAAAAAACAAAAACGUUGAUUUUGAUUUUGUAAAACAAAAUUAUUCAAAAAAAGUAAAUUAUCUUUUUUUUUAAAUAUUUUAUUUACAAACAAAUCUACCUCAACAGAGAGUUAUCACAAAAACGAAAAAAA